CUUUCUUCGCGGUUCUUUGAGACUGAGAAAUUCGUGUAAGAGAGAAAGUUUAGGAUGGGGAGCUUCGUUUUGGAACAGGGCAUCACAACGAAUGACGAUGACGGCGAACUGGAGAGAGAAGAAGCAGAAAGAAAUGAAGAGAUUAUGCAACUCAUUUCAGCUAAACUGCAACCUUUCUCUGAUGACGAGUUGGAUGACAGUAAUGCUUCUUUCGAAGACUCUUCUUCUGAAGCUGAAGCAUCCGUCACUCACAGAAGUAAUCACUUUCACAACGGAGGAAAACAUCUUGUCCAAGAGGUAAACAACUGGAUGGAAGGCAAUGAGAAGUCUGGCUUACAACACAAAAGAGUGGACAAAGGAAAUCAUUUUGUUUCUGACAGCGAAAGCCAACAACUUCAGUAUGACCAAUUGGAAGUGCUUUACAAAGCGCAGGGAAGACAAAUCAAGCAACUGCAGCAACAACACGAGGAAGGAGAGAGAAAAAUACGAAUUCUCAACCAUCAACUAGCUACAGCUCAUAUGACAAUAGAGCAGAAAGACAAGAAAUGUUGUGAAACACUUGAACAGUUGAGCAUCAGAGACCAACAUUUCCACGAACUUCAGCAAAAUGUUAAAACUUUUGAGACUCAAUUAGAUACAUUGACUGUAGCACGAGACAAUGCUCUUGCUGAUCUUCAACUGUCAGAGACAACAAUUGAUACCUUACAGUCUCAACUGAAUGAGAUGAGUCGAUCUGAGACAUUAGGGAGAGCAAGGAGACAGCAGGAAGAAGCCAUGGCCGCCAUUGAGAAAAGACACGAACAAGAGAAGUUGGCACUGAGGUUAAAGUCAGAUCAACUGAAUGAGGCAUUGGCUAUGAGUCAUGCUGAGACGGACAGGUUGAAAAAGGAGAUGGAAACUGCCGUGUCUCAUGGAAAUGAAGAAAGACUGCGCAAUGGAGAGACUAUUAACAAGCUGACUGCUAGUUUGCAAGAGAAUCAAAUGCGAUGUCAGCAGCUGCUGGAGGCUGGUUCGUCACGUCAGUUGACAGAGUUAAAGCUGCAGCUUCAGCAAGCUACCACAGCCUAUCAGGAGACACAAGCACAAUAUGACUCACUCAAGCUUCAAGCACAUGAUCUUGAAAAACAGCUACAGAUCGCUCUUACAGACAAGCAACAGCUCUCUGAUCAACUCAACGACACAAUGACACAACUAAAUGGCCACCAUCAACCCUCAAACUAUCACAACCAUGUUGAUCCUGAGGUAACUCACUUGAAGCUGGACUUGCACAAAGCCACAGAAGAGAAUGAGAACAAAGAACAUCAGAUAGAGGAGCUUUGCUCUCAGUUAGCGUCACUUCAAAAAAUUAUUGAGGGCGAACGAUCAAAGAACUGUGAAGCGGAAGGAAGAAUGAAGCGUUUGGAGGCGAUGGAAGCGCAUCUGAAAGAAGCGAGGAAGCAGGAGAGUGAGUUGAAGGAGACUGUGGCGAGGCUUACUGGUGAGUUGAAGAAGCAAGCGAAGAAGUUUGAAGAGGACAAGAAGACGAGUUUGGAAAAGUGCCGUCAGGCUUGUCUGCAGCUUCAUAACAGCUCAGCAGAGAGACUGAGAAGAACAACAGACGAGCAACAACAACAACAAAUUGCUACCAUUAGAUUGCAGUUAAGUGAAAUGGAAGCAGAACUUAAACAGUCAAAUCAACGAUACAAAGAACUGGAGACAACACAAGCUGUAAGAGAGAAGGAAUUACAGAAGCAAAUGGAAGACGAAAAGAACAAAAUGAGAAUAGAAAUUCAAAACAAAUCAGAAUUAUUAUUGGAGAAAGAGAGGCAAUCUCUCAUUUCUGACAAUACAACAACUGUUGCUGUGGCGAGAGCCGAGUUGCUAAGAGAAAAAGAUGAACAAGUGAAACGUGAAGUAGAGAAUGCACUGCAAGUUGCCGAAUCAGAGUGGAAAAUCAAACAGAGAGAAGAGCAGAGGAAAACAACAGAAACUGCCGUCAACGAAUGCAAAACUAAAUGGAAUCAACGACUCAAAGAGGCAGAAUCGGCAGCAAUAAAGUUGAAGCAAGACGUCGAGAGAAAAAUGACAAUAGCGGCCGAAGAAACUCGUCGUCAACAUGAACUCGCUCAAUCGCGACUAAAAUCAGAUUUGAAUACACAACACCAGCAAGAAAUAGAAAAGGUACGACAAGAAUGUGAGGCACACACUCAACAGGCGGUCGCUGCAGCACAAACCGAAUUAAAACAGCUUUAUGACACAAAGACGAGACGAUUGCAGGAGGCUGUGGCAGCGAGCAAACAUGAGAGAAGGAAGUGGGAGGAUGAGAAGUCUCAAAUGCUUGAGAAACAGAAACGAAGGGAUGCAGCUUAUCGUGCAGCUAUAAGUCAGAAAUGCGAAUUACCAAAUCAAGUGACGUCACCAAGUCGAAUGGAAACUAAAUCGACAUCAACUCAGACAUCUGGAGAGUUUGAGGAUGACCUCAGACGUUGUCUAAAGGAGCGUUACGCACACACAUUGAGAUGCAUGAAGACUGACAUGAUGCAGCACAUUGAACGAGUUCAGCAGGCGGCUCAACAUCACGUGGAAAUUAGAAUCGCAAGAGAACGCCAGAGAAUACUCGAAUCAAUGAAAAAAUGAUACGCAAGAGUAUACAGAAUUGAAAUGUAGUUAGAGGUUGUAAUGGAUUGAAGAUAAGGUAAAUUAUUAGAAUUAUUUUUGAACUGGUAUGUCGCGACGGUAGGGUCUGGCCUC